GAAGCGUCCGGCUCACGCGCCGUACAGAAGCGUGUUCGGCGCUGGGCUCAUGCGCCGUACGGAAGUGUGCUCUGGCGUACCGGAAGCCCCCGGAAGAGAGCGAUGGCGGGUUUGACUGUGAGAGACCCUGCGGUGGACCGUUCGCUACGUUCAGUUUUCGUGGGGAACAUUCCUUAUGAGGCUACUGAAGAGCAAUUAAAGGACAUCUUUUCUGAGGUUGGACCUGUUGUUAGUUUCAGGUUGGUAUAUGAUAGGGAGACAGGAAAACCAAAGGGUUAUGGCUUCUGUGAAUACCAAGACCAGGAGACAGCACUUAGUGCCAUGCGAAACCUAAAUGGGCGUGAAUUCAGUGGGAGAGCACUUCGAGUGGACAAUGCUGCCAGCGAAAAGAACAAAGAGGAGCUGAAGAGUCUUGGCACUGGUGCCCCUGUCAUUGAGUCACCUUAUGGAGAGACCAUCAGUCCUGAGGAUGCCCCUGAAUCCAUUAGCAAAGCAGUUGCCAGUCUUCCACCAGAGCAGAUGUUUGAACUGAUGAAACAAAUGAAGCUCUGUGUCCAGAAUAGUCCCCAGGAAGCACGGAACAUGUUGCUUCAGAACCCUCAACUGGCUUAUGCUUUGCUACAAGCACAGGUAGUGAUGAGAAUUGUGGAUCCAGAAAUCGCCUUGAAAAUUCUGCAUCGCCAGACAAAUAUCCCAACACUGAUUGCAGGCAACCCUCAGACAGUCCACAGCACUGGACCUGGCUCAGGAUCCAAUGUGUCAAUGAACCAGCAGAAUCCUCAGGCCCCUCAGGCCCAGUCUUUGAGUGGAAUGCAUGUCAACGGAGCACCUCCUCUGAUGCAGGCUUCUCUGCAGGCUGGAGUUGCAGCACCAGGGCAGAUACCAGCCACUGUAACAGGACCUGGCCCUGGUUCCUUAGCUCCUGGAGGAGGAAUGCAGGCCCAGGUUGGAAUGCCAGGAAGUGGACCAGUAUCCAUGGAGCGGGGACAAGGAACCCUACAGCACUCGCCCGUGGGACCCGCCGGGCCUGCAUCAAUUGAGCGAGUUCAAGUGCCGAUGCAAGACCCCAGAGCAGCUAUGCAGCGUGGGCCCUUGCCUGCCAAUGUCCCAACUCCUCGAGGUCUGUUAGGAGAUGCUCCAAAUGACCCACGUGGAGGCACUUUACUUUCUGUAACUGGAGAGGUAGAGCCUAGAGGUUACCUGGGACCACCUCAUCAGGGUCCGCCCAUGCACCAUGUCCCUGGCCAUGACAGCCGUGGCCCACCCCCACAUGAAAUGAGGGGAGGGCCAUUAGCUGAGCCCAGACCUCUAAUGGCAGAGCCAAGAGGACCCAUGCUAGAUCAGAGGGGUCCACCCUUGGAUGGCAGAGGCGGAAGAGAUCCUCGAGGCAUAGAUGCACGAGGGAUGGAGGCACGAGCCAUGGAGGCAAGAGGAUUAGAUGCUAGAGGAUUAGAGGCCCGUGCCAUGGAGGCCCGUGCGAUGGAGGCCCGUGCGAUGGAGGCCCGUGCAAUGGAAGUCAGAGGGAUGGAGGCCAGAAGCAUGGAUACAAGGGGCCCUGUCCCAGGCCCAAGAGGCCCUAUGCCUAGUGGAAUCCAGGGUCCUAGUCCAAUUAACAUGGGUGCAGUUGGCCCCCAGGGAUCCAGACAGGUCCCAGUCAUGCAGGGAGCGGGCAUGCAAGGAGCGAGCAUUCAGGCUGGAGGCCAGCCUGGCGGCUUUAGUCCUGGCCAGAACCAAGUCACUCCACAGGACCACGAGAAGGCUGCUUUGAUCAUGCAGGUUCUUCAACUAACUGCAGACCAGAUUGCCAUGCUGCCUCCUGAGCAGAGGCAGAGUAUCCUGAUCUUAAAGGAACAAAUACAGAAAUCUACUGGAGCGCCUUAAAAGGUUUUCAAAAAUACCUGGCAACAAAUCUGGAAAUGAAUUCCAUAGCUUUGUUGAAAUGUUGCAAAAAGAUGACUUCUACAUCCUAACCCUUGAAUGACUCAAAUUGGUGCCAGGUGGAGGACUCCCAUCACCUUCUCUCAGAACAAAAUCAGUCCAUUCUGUUGUCUUAGUUUGUAAAUUUUCUGUGACUUGAAAUAAACUUUGAACACAA